GCUGCUUAUCAAGGACACACUGAGACAGUUCAGAGGCUGUUGGAGGCAGGAGCCAACGUCAACCACCAGAACAAGGAGGGAAGCACAGCCUUGCUCUAUGCAGGAUGGAAAGGUCACUCAGAGGUGGUGAAACUACUGCUAGGAGCUGGGGCCAGAGACAUUCCUAAUAAGUUUGGAAACACUGCUCUGAGCAAGGCCAGAGCC